AUGUCCGCUCCAACGACUGUAACCUCAUCAUCCACCAUCCUCGGCACCAUCGGCACCAUCUUCUGGUGCAUCCAACUCAUCCCCCAAAUCUGGUAUAACUGGCGAAGAAAGAAAACCGAGGGUCUCCCUGCCGCGAUGGGGUUUUUAUGGGCUAUUUGUGCGGUGCCGAUGGGUGUAUAUCUAAUUUUACAGGAAGUCAACCUCCCUAUGCAAAUCCAGCCGCAGAUCUUUGGGACGUUUUCGGCGGUCAUUUGGGCGCAGAUUUUGAUCAGUUACAAGUAUACCACCCUUAAAGCUACAGGUGCUUGUAUUGGGUUGUUGGCGGUCAUGGGGGGCGUGGAAGUACUUCUUGUUUUGACCUUACGGAUCCCGUAUAAUAAAGGUAUCACGUGGCCGGAUAUUCUCGUCGGGGCGAUUGCUACGGUUCUGUUGGCGGCGGGCGUGUUGCCGAUUUAUGUUGAGUUGUGGAAGAGACGGGGGCGGGUGGUUGGGAUUAAUUGGGUCUUUUUGGGUAUUGAUACCAUGGGAGGAUUGUUUUCGCUGUUUGCGCUGGUAGCGCAAGGAUCGUUUGAUAUUCUCGGUGGCAUCAUGUAUCUUGUCGUUGUGAUCCUCGAAAUGGGCAUCUACACGAGCCACAUCAUCUGGCGCAUCCGGUUUCGUCCAGUCCGAAAAGAAGCCAAGCGUUCUGGCAGAACGGUGGAAGAUAUGCUCGAGACAUCCGGCGUGGUAUGA